AUGGGGAACAAGCUGGUUAUCACAGGUAGCAACAAUGUCCCAACCGAGAUCCACAAAGAGCUUGUCAUUGCAAGGAGAGACAUUGCAACAUCUCACGAAGAAGCAGAUAACAUCAUUGUACAACAAGCUAUCAUGUGUGCAAAAGAGCAAUCCGGUGCUACAGUUGUUGUUGCAGAUGACACAGAUGUGUUUAUUCUGCUCCUGUAUCAUUAUUGGAAUGAACGUCUUACUUGUCUCACUGAUUCAGCAAAGAUCACUUAUUGACAUUAAGACCACUGUACAAGCCCACCGUAUCAUCAUACCUGGUUUACCAGCAGCCCAUGCACUAUCCGGUUGUGACACUGUACCUACAUACUUCGGAAUUGGCAAGGGAACUGUCUUGAAGAAUCUUAUUGCUGCUCCCAACUCGUUGUCGCUGUUGGGAUGUUCAGAUACGCCACUUCCUGAUGUUGUUGACCAGGCAACAAAGUUUAUCAGUGCUUGCUACAGCAAAACAGUUCAUGAAAAGGCGAUGUCAGAUACAAGAUCUGGACAACAAAGUUUGGAAAUACUGCAACUUCAGCCCCAUAGAUACAAGCACUGCCACCUACCACAGAAGCAUUUGUAG